AGUUUUGAAAGCAGAUAAGACACUGUGGGAAGUAGAAUGUCAGAAGAUAUUGAAGGAAUUGAAAAAGAAAUAGAAAUUGAAUUAAGUAGAAUCAGUGUUUCUUCCCUUGAAGCAGAUGAUCCUGACACAGAGGUAUCAGAAACUUUGAGUGACAGUGAGACGAUUUCAGAUGACUUACCAGAAUCGGUUCUCUCCUAUUUAAACUUUAUAAAGAGCAGAAAUCAAGAUGCUGAAAAGCUUAUACUGCAAGCCUUAGAAGAUGAGGAAACUACAAGUAACAUUUAUGGAGUAGUUUCUUGCCAUACUUCAGAUUACUUGGCAGAAUUGGCUUCUGAAUAUAAUGAAGAUCCAGAACAAUUUAAAAAAAAGGUACUAUUUGAAAUUGAAAAUGAAGACUUGCAGAUUGCUACAGUACCUAGUUAUAAUAGUCAGGCCUCCAACGAUGCAGUGGUCGCUGAUGACCCUUUUGUUACAGCUGAUGCUGAAAUGAGCAUAAGCCUUACUCACUGUGAAAUAGAAGAAAAGUGUAGGCGAGAAUUGGAGCAGUGGGAGAAAAGACAAAAGGAUCUUGAAGAUGAAAAGAGGGAAAAGUGGAAAGCUGAGAGGGAAGCACAGGAAAAGCAGAAUGAAGAGGAACACGCAAGAAGGGUGCAGCGUCUGGAGGAAUUUGAGGCUGAAAGAAUAAAAUUAGAGCUUCUUCAUAAGAAACGGCAAACUGUGAUGGAAGAUGAGUUACAGAAAGAAAAGAAAGCUUGGAGAGACAAAAUAAUGCAACGUAAGGAAUUGAUCAUGAAGCUACAGUUGCAAAUGGAAGAGGAAAAAAAGGCAUUGGAAGAGCAGAAAGUAGAAGAAAAGCAACAUCUGGCAGAACAACAGAAUACAGCAGCUGUGAAAAUCCAAGCUAGAUUUAGAUCAUUUUUAGUCCAUAAAAAAUAUGCUCCCAUCUUAAAGGAAUGGAAGGAUGAAAUAAAAAAGAAGCAGAAAAUACUAGGAGAAAUAGAGAGAGAAAUGAAAGAAAAAGAGGAAAAAAGGAAUAGGCGAAUGGAAGAAAAGAGGCAAAAGAAAGAAGAGGAAAAAAAGACACAAGAAGAACUUGAAAGACAGGAAUAUUUGGAACAGGUAAGGAGGCGUGAGGAAUAUGAGAAAAAGAAAGAAAGCCUGAAACUUGAAAAACAGCUGCAAAUAAGAAGAGAAGAACAGAGAAAACUAGGAGAAAAAAGAGCAAAAGCUGUGAUGAGUGAAAGUGGAGAAAACAACAAAGAAGAUAUAAAAAAGGAUAAGCAGACAGAAAAUACAAAAGUAAUGAGAGAACAGAAGGAGGAACUAAAUAAACAAGUAAAGGAACAAAAGGAAAAACAGACUGAAAUGAUGCAUGAAACAAAUAAUUGGACAAUUCCAGCUGAAAGAAAUUUGACACCACCAAAUAUGCUAGGCUCUGAGAAAAAGGAGCACUCUUCUCAAGUAAAUAAUAAGAACAUAUACAUGAAUUCAGUAACACAUGUAGAAGAAAAUUCCUCACAAACUAAAGAGCUUAAUAAAGCUCAAAAUAAUCAUACAUCAAGGGAUGAAUCUGUUAAUUUUGGAGCUAAUGACAUGGUAGAAAAUAAAACAAACAACAUAUGCAGCAGUUCACCAAAUGUCCAGCCAAAUGCUAGUAAUAGAGAAGUCAAAGAUCAAUUUUCUCAGUCUGAAACAAUGGAGAAAGCUGUGUUUCUAAUGGAAAGUGCUAAUGAGGAAGUCAGAGAGUCCUGGGACAGAAUUCAAGAUUUAGCUGACUGUUCCAGUAGACUAAUGGUUCCUGAUGAUAUUGAGAAGAAGAGGAUAAACUGGAUGAACACAUGUAAACCUUGGUCUAAAAUAUAUGAAGAAAACCAAAGAAAGCAAGCGACUAUAAAAAAAAGACCAAGGAAAAGUUCAGUUAGCAAGAUGCCUUCACUAAGUACACAGGAGAUACUUAAGAGUGGCCCUUGGAAUACUCUGCAGCAGGUCACAACGCUUACACUUGAAGAUUUGCCGGCUUGCAGCCUCUCAACAUUAUCCGAGUGCACAAAUCUUCAAGUUUUGACUCUGAGGCGCUGUGGACUAGCUGCGCUGGAAGGACUAAGUAGCUGCAAAGACCUGAAGUAUAUCAAUGUUGAGGAAAACAACAUUCAGAUAAUUGACUGUGAAAAUCUAGAAAAUCUCCAUGUUCUGAUUCUGAAUAAGAACCAUCUUUCAUCAGUUUGUGGCUUAGAUGGCUGUGUAAAUCUCCAAAAUCUUGAACUUUCCUACAAUAGAAUCACUCGAAUUGGUGGUCUGGAGUCACUGAAAAAUCUUCAGCAAUUAAUUGUGGACCAUAAUCAGUUAAUCAGCACAAAAGGUCUUUGUGAGGCACCUAGCCUUAUUCACCUAGACUGUUCUUUUAAUCAUCUCACACAAGUUGAAGGCAUUGAGAAUUGUGGCCUACUUCAAAUUCUAAAGUUGCAAGGCAAUAACCUCCAGGAGGUUCCAAGGCUGGAAAAUCAUGUUCUUCUAAGAGAAUUAUAUUUGGAUGACAAUAGCAUUUCUGCUAUGAGAAUGCUUUCUUUGUAUUGGUUGCCUCUAUUGCAGACUCUUUUGCUGUCUCAAAAUAGAUUAACUGAGCUUGUGCCUUUAAAUUCAUUUGUAUCUUUGGAAAAGCUGGAUAUCAAAAAUAACUGCUUGUCAGACCUUAAAGGUAUCAUUACAUGGUUAAGUGGCUGUCAUAAACUAAGGGAAUUGUCACUUAGUGGAAAUCCUCUUCUCCAAGAAAGGAAUUGGAGGCCUUCCUUGUGUAUGAUCCUUCCUAGUUUACAGUUUCUUGAUGGUGAAAUCUUAAACUAUCAAACUUUACCCACAACUGAAAGAAUCAAAGGAUCAGAAUUAAGAACUUUUCUGGAACUUUGUCAGGUUCAAAUUGAAGAAAAUGCUCUACUGAAAAAAAAGGCUGCUGAACUGGGAAUUGCCUCUUCUAUUGAUUCUGCACAGGGACAAUGCUGGUAUUUUAAUCAGGUGAUGAAACUUAGUAUUAAACAUCGAUAUGCACAUGAGUAUGGUGAACUAAACGGUACUGACAGAGAUGGACCAGAAGCACUGCAAAAGCAUUUAAAGCAAACGUCCACUGGCUGCCUACAGGAAAAUAACCUCUUUAUCAUGGGUGCGACAGAAAAUAAACAGGUCCUGUUGGAUCCUUCUGAAAGAUGGAUUACUACUGACCAUAUUCAGGCCACAUUCAUUAACUCCUCCAUACAUGUGCAACCAAAGGAAAAUAAAGAAGAUCAGAGAGUGAAGCAGAAGAGCACUGAAUCUUGUAUUAAUUACAGUGAGGAGAGCAAAGGCAACAAUAACAUGUCAGCCCAACUCACAUUGCAACAGUCAGUGAUAGUAGAAAGUAACAUGGGAAGAGAUCUUCAACGUUUUGAGAAUGAUACAGAAAGACUACAUAUGGCAGCAUCAGUGAUCCAGUCCCUUUGGCGGCGGUACCAUGCCAGGAGGAAAACUUACUGCGCUAAAACAGAGAAUCAUCAGUUUACAGAAGCCUGGAAACAGAAGCAUGAAGCUGCCACACGAAUCCAGGCAUUUUGGAAGGGUUUUCUUUUGAGAAAGAAACUGGCCAGUGCUCUUGCAGCUGUUAAAAGUGAUGAAGUGGAGGAUGACUUUGAAGAAAUAAAUGUGGAUGAUUUCAUUUUUUCUGAAGCUGCAUUAGAGAAGGAAUGGCUAACUCUAGAUUCCACCCGUUUCCCUUCAAAAACACUCCUGCUCUCAAACCAGCUGCACUGGCCAAAGUAUUCUAGGCCUUCAAAUUCCAGUGAACAUUCAAAUAGUUUGCCAUUGUCACCACAAGAUAUUUGGCAGUGUGUUAACAGACCACAUUUAUAUUCAGCAGAAAAUAUUCACUUUCACAGCAGAUCAAGAAACGGAACAAUGUCACAGCUCUCUGACUGGAAAGAAAAAAAGCCAUUUUCAUUCAUGUCUGAAAAAGAAGAGAAAAUUUCAGAAGAGUGGGGUUUUAAGGAUAUUUCUACUGCACAGCUGAUGCUGAAGAGGGCCCAUAAAAUGAAGCCCAAAAGAUACAGUAAUAAAAAAUUAGACCCAGCUGUGCGCCUGGCGUUGUUCAAAAACAAUGAAAAUAAACAUCUCCAUUCGAAACCACCAAGGAAGACACAGCCUAUAAAUGCUGGUUACUUUGAAGGUAAAAAAGAAGAAUUUUCUCAGCUGGAUACUACUUUAGAUGAGAAAUUCCAAAGGAGAAAAGACUUUACAUACCAAUGGCUUCAUACACAGCUUUUGGAUUAUGAAGCAGCCAGUUCCAAAAAUAUAAAGCGCGGUCGUUUUUUGCCUGAAUUAGAUCCUGUGGUACGUGACAGUAGACGAGUACAACUUGUGGCAAGCCCUGUAAGCAGAGAAGACACGGAUUUAGACCUUGUUUCCAUGGCCAGUGGAAGUGCUUUGACUGAGAACAGAGAAAAAAAUAAGCAGCCACACAGACACUCAGCAAGAUCUUCAAAAAAGAAUAUAUCUACUCCAGAAAAAUCUUGUCUGGGCCCAUCUCAUAAAGAACGGAUAUCAUUUCGAGACCAUCCAGUGCAGCUCAGCGGAGGAUGGGGAGCAGGCAAAAAAAGGCAAAAGCUUAAAAAUAUCAACUGAAUAUUGGAGAUAGUUUAACUAGUUGAUUUAAUCAAAUAUGGAGAGCAUAUGGAAAGCUGUUUCUUUUUAAGCCUGUGAAUAUCCAUUGUUGGAUUCAUAUUUAUUACCAAUAUAAAUAGUCUCAGUUAAUGACAUUUGACUUAUUUUAUUAUACAUGGUUACAGUGGUUUGGAGUUGGGUUUUUUUUGGUCAAAGUAUUUUAUACCUGUCAGUAAGUUAUCAUAGUUAGUGUUUUCAAUUGCUUAUAUGUUCAUGCGGUGUAGAAUGCAGAACUGAUUAACUCGAUAAGGGUUGUUAUAGGGUGAACAAGUUUAAGCUUGCUUAUAAGAACUGGUUGAGAUGUGCAAAUGUAAUAAUGGUUCAUGCUCAUGUGAUGUAUGUCACAUAUUAAAACAAUGAAUUCUCAUUUUCUCACAAAUAAAAUACGUGCUUGCGAACUAUAUUGUGAGCUGCAACAACCAGCGAUGCCAUUCUUAGAGAGGACUGUUUAGAAUAUUUUACCAAAGCGGCAAAAAUUCACAGCAACCUACAAAUACUGGAGAUGUACUUACCUUUCUUUAGUAAUAGAAGUCCUCUAGAGCUUUCAUCCUGAAUUAUGGUCAUAAUAUGACAAAGCAAUCUGUUACAGUUUUAUACUUUCAAGGACUUCUAACAUUUUCCUAGAGGGUUGAAGAAAAAAAAUCAAUUUACUAAGUUCUUAUUUUGUUCUGGUGUAAUGUAACGUUACAUCUACAUGACACUGCUAACCCAGCUUUAUUUGUUCAUGUAAGCCAGCCUCCUUCAGACCCAUGUGUAAAAGUUUUGCAGUGCAAAGAGAUCUAGAGAAAGAGAAGAAACACUAUUUCAGCUAUUCACGGGUACCUAGCUCAUUACUUCUAGUGAAUGUUUUGUCCAUCAACACACAGGACAGAAAAUGUUCCUUGAUUUCAAAGCCUAACAUUAUUUAAAAGUUUUCCAAAUUGAGGGUAGAAGUUGCGAAUUGGAUCUAGAGAAGUCUCUCUUAGGUAUUUCCUCAUCUUUUUUGUCCAAUAUUGUGAAGCCUCAACCCCCUACUGACUGUGAGAGAAGUGGGGAGGGUAAUGGGGCUUGAAACUUCAGUCAAUAAAGAACAUAAAUUCGUAUGUUGUGGCUGUUUUUAAAAUGUACUUAAACUACAUAUGACUUCUUUUUUUGAGGUGCUUUAUGUGCUAACAUACAUGUAUGACUAUGGGUUGAAAGCAGUUAUCUCCAUUUUUGUCAAUACUCACAUUCAUUUUCAGAUUAAAAAAUGGCUGAUCUCACGGAAAACCUCCAUUUAUUUAACCUUGCUCAUUUGAAUCCAUGUGCUGUUUGUGUUAUAAUUUUACUUUUCAAAAGUCAGAGAAGAUUUCUUUUACCUUUCUGAGGAAUAAUGACCAGUGAAAGUUACUUGGCCUGACUAUAGAAAUGCUGUGGUUGUCAGCAGGUUAUAAAAUAUCAUUAGAUGCUGAAGUUAUCAGUUAAUUUCCCAAUGUAUGUAGUAAGUGUUAAACUGAAUUUCCGGAUCUGCUGUAUAAUGACUUAAAUGUCCCCCCCAAAGACAGGAGCUUCUGUAGUUUCAAUUGUAUCUUGAAGGAUACAGGUUUUGUGGGAAAACCUUUGUUCAAAAUAUGUGGCACUGUGGCCAGUAAACAGAUGUGCCACUCUUACAGGUGUUAACUGGAAAUCAAAAUGCUAAAUGAAGCUUAUUCACUCCGUUUGUCUAGAGUGUCCAGAAUAUACUGCACAUGACCA